CGAAGUCAGUAGCAAGGAGAACAAAGAAAAGGUUCGGAAAUUUAAAUUCAGGUUUGGUAGCAUCUUGGCACUUUAGCUUCGGAAAGCCGUUAAAAGCUCCGAACCUUCACUCCUUAUCGUCUUUGCCUUUGCUUUCUCUCUUUCGCUCUUUUUCUUUUUCUUUUUUCUCUCUUUCACUUCCCUCUUUCUCUCCUUCUUUCUCAUCUUGAAUCAAAUCUUAACUUCACACUCAAUUCUAACAAAAGAUUCAUCAGUUCUUGUAUCCCUUCAUUUCUCGAUCUUGAUUUUGAAUUCUUUUUUUAAGCAAAAGGGUUUCUUCAAUUGUUUCUUCAACAAUUAUCCUGUUCUUAUUUGUGUUCAGCAAAAUAACCCAUUAGAGAUUUUAGAUAGAAAAUCAUGAAAGGUGAAAGAAUGGCAAAAAGAUCAUCAUUUGGAAGCAUAGUAAGGAAAAGACUCUCUGAUAUUACAAAUUCUCAGUCACAACCCAAAUUGGUUACUGUAGAAGAAAAGCAGCCCUCAAUUGCCAAUUCUACAGAAGAUUUGAUUAAUCAGCUUCUUAUGGAAAAAGCUACUCUGAUGAAGCUUGUUGAGGACAGAGAUAAAAUUAUAGCAGUCAGUAAUAACCAACUGAGGAAUCUGAAAACUCUUUAUCAGAAACUGCAAUUGCAAAAUUGGAAUCUUGCUCAAUCAAACAGCCAGAUGUUAGCUGAGGUUAAUUUAGGAGAGAAAAGGCAAUUGAAGGCAUUACAACAUGAACUUGUAUGCAAGGAUGCAUUACUUAAAGCCAAAAACAUGAGACUACAGGGAAAAGCAGAUAUCAGUAACAACAAUCCAAAUUCUGUGCCUCAGGAAGGAGAGAAGAAUAUAGCUAGAGAUUGCAUACAGAAAGCUAACAAUGGUACCAAAUCUGGCAAUCGAAUCAGAAGGCGUACAGCAAGAAGUCAAUCUAUAGCCCCUUCUACUACAUGUAGACAAGGUAUAGAAAAGGAGAAGCUUGAAAACAAACGGCGCUGUUUGAGAAGACAAUCUGCUAGGUUCAAAUCCCAAGAAAGGGAGCCUAAGGAGAACUUGUUUGAGAUUGAAGAUCUCAAGUUCUCAAUCAGUCAGUCAGUUGAUAAUCCAAUACAAGAAGAUGGUCUGAAAAAAGAAACAUUAUGUGAGCUAAGAAAUGAAGCGCCAAGAUCUUCAUUUGGAAGACCAGUACGUAGAGCUGCUGAGAAGGUGCAAUCCUACAAAGAACUUCCACUUAAUGUCAAAAUGCGUAGGGAAGAAUGAACAGAACUAAUCUUGCAGUAUAUAUAGACAUUUUUAGUUUAAACUAUAUAAACAUGUCAUUUUUGUCAUUUUUGUCAUUUUAACAGAAUGGUGAGUGUUGUUAUGUCAUUGUAAGUUAACAAUUGUUGUAAUGUAAAACAGCUUUUAAUGAUCAUGGAUUGAUUUUUUUUUUUUUCCCCUUGCUGAAAAAAUAUAUUUGUGCUCUUGGAAAGGGCAAAAUUCUUGACAUA